CAGGCUCCAUACCCCCAUGCACUUCUUCCUCAGUGUCCUGUGCUUUGUGGAUCUUUGUUACACAAACAGCUUUGUCCCACAGAUGCUGGCCCACUUGCUCUCAACCCACAAAUCCAUCCCAUUCCACUGCUGUGUGCUCCAGCUUUACUCCUCUCUGUCAUUGGGUGGGUCCGAGUUCCUCCUGCUGGGAGCCAUGGCCUACGACCACUACGUGGCCAUGUGUCACCCCCUGCACUACGUGGUCAUCAUGCAUGGAAGGUUGUGCCUGGGGCUGACCACCACUUGCCUGGUAGCUGGCUGUGUGAACUCACUGAUGGAAAUCAUCAGCACAUUCCGGCUUCCGCUGUGUCAUAAUAUCAUUAAUCACUUUGCCUGUGAGACUCUGGCCGUGCUGCGUCUAUCCUGUGUGAACAUCUCCUUCAACAAGGUCAUGGUGGCCAUUUCUGGCUUCCUGGUGAUCAUGCUUCCCUGCUUUCUAGUCCUGUUCUCCUACACUCGCACAGUGGCUGCCAUCCUGCGAAUUCACUCAGCGCAGGGACAGAGAAAAGCCUUUGGGACCUGCACCUCCCACCUCACUGUCAUCUCCACGUGCUUUGGGGCUAGCGUCUUCACUUACUUGGGGCCGCAGUCUGCCUCCUUGGUAGAAGAAGAAAAGAUGGUGGCCUUGUUCUAUGCUGUGGUGGCCCCUAUGUUGAACCCCUUGAUCUACAGCUUGAGGAAUAAGGAAGUUAUGGCUGCGCUCAGGAAAGUUUUAGAGAAAUUGAGAGAUAAAGCGGAAACACUCUAAAAACUUCUUGUUAUUUAUCCUGAAAACCAGAAAGGAGACCAGGUAAGUGUA